CAAACCGCUCGGCCUGCAUCCUCAACUCUGAUCAACUCUCCACUCCUCGCUUCAGUACUCGCCUUCUCGUCGUCAAGAUGGCCGCUGCAAUCAAGGCAAUCAAUGCGAAGAUCCGGUCUAACAAGGCCCUGGAUUACUUCUGCUCCACCCACUUCUGGGGCCCUGCCUCCAACUUCGGUAUCCCCAUUGCAGCUGUGAUGGACACCCAGAAGGACCCUGAAAUUAUCUCUGGCCAGAUGACCGGUGCUCUGGUCAUCUACUCGGCAACUUUCAUGCGAUACGCUCUCGCCGUCUCCCCCCAGAACUACCUCCUGUUUGCCUGCCACGCCGUCAACUUCUCCGCCCAGCUUACUCAAGGAUACCGCUACAUGAACUACUGGAGCUGGGGAGGCCGUGAAGCUCAGCUCGCCGAGGCCGCUAAGCAGGGCAAGCAAGCCACCGAAGCUGGCGCUUAAGCGACGCCAUCUACUCUUUUUGAACCGUGUUCUCUCACAUUAUCGCGCGCUUCCGCUUGCUGCGCGGCUUAUGAAUCCCUUAUAUUUCUUCAGCAGCACUACCUACCUACCUAGACAAUACCACAAUAUUAUGAAUAAGUGGUCAAGGCCAAUGGGAACACAGUACUUCGCAGAUUGAUCUGGGUAAGACGCAGAGCACGACUAUCUAUGGCUCUGGCUGUUUGUAUUCUGACUGGCGCUGGAAUUGGUAGUAGUGGUUGGAUGGGGUCUGUUGUUGACUAUGAGAUUUCUUUGUAUCUAGCAGCUGGGCAUGGCGGUUCUAUCUGUAUAUAGACUUUUGUUUUGCAAAUCAACAAGACUUAGACACUAACGAUUAUGCUAGAGCUAUGUUUUCGAUGAUAUUUUCUAACAGAUAGCUAGCUUAAGAAAAGGAAGACAGAUGAUGUUACAGGAGAGAUAUGUAC